CUCCGCUCAUCGCUGUCUCUACUGCGCAGCCGCAGUUUCUCCAGGACGCAGAGAGCAGAAGAGACAGACAGAAAAAUGGCCCUCGAUAAUUUAAUUUUCGCCCAGUGCAUCCUUUAUUUUUUAGCCUUCGUAUUCGGUUUCAUCGCCGUGGUGCCUCUGUCUGAGAACACGGAGGACUUUGGAGGGAAAUGUCUGCUUUUCACGCGGGGAAUGUGGCAAAAUGAGAACAUCACCGUGUCGAAGCAGCGCUUCAUCGUGGAGGAGUGGGGACCCGAGUCCUCCUGCAGCUUCAUCACUUUUGUCGGGAUAGCGUCCCUCAUCCUGUCCGCAGUGCAGUCAUGGAGGCUCCUGUUCUUUCUGUGCAAAGGGCACGACGACUCCAUCUUCAACGCCUUCCUCAACCUGCUCAUCAGCUCCCUGGUGGUGUUCACAGUUUUCCUGUCCAGCACCAUCGUCAGUGUGGGUUUCAACAUGUGGUGCGACUCUGUCACUGAGGGUGGGACCAUGCCCAGCAGCUGUGAGGACAUGCAGGACACUGAUCUAGAACUCGGCCUGGACAACUCUGCUUUCUACGACCAGUUUGCUAUAGCUCAGUUUGGCCUGUGGGCUGCAUGGCUCACGUGGCUUGGGAUUGCAGUGAUGGCCUUCCUGAAAGUCUACCACAACUACAGACAAGAGGACCUUCUGGACAGCCUGAUCCACGAGAAGGACCUGCUGCUCGGCCGCUCCUCACGCCGCAACUCUGACCUCAAGACCGGCUUGAUUUAGAAACCAGAGGACACACGCUCUCACUCACAUUCAGCUGUAAAGUCCUCUUGCCUGCCAUGAGAAACACCAAUGUUUGCCUCUGUAGACAAUCAAAUUGGCUUCUGCUCCCAUUGAUCGUGGAUUGAAUCAAACGGAAGGUUUUAGCGUUGUUCUCCAAAGGUGAUUGAUUUCUCCUCAAAAAAAUCUCCCAAUGGUUGUUAAUCCUUGAGGAAUCCUGAGUUUAAGCAUCCAUUCCUCUCCAACACACAACCAUAGUUAAGCUCCAAUAGUAUUACGACCAUUUGAUGGAAAUGUACACCCAGUUUUUCUCAACUCAUAAAUUUCUAGUUAUCAACACAGUAUUAAUGGCUCGGACAGAUUAGCUGAUGGAUCAUGUUGUCUUUGUGAAACUUCUGCAUGGACCUAAUGCAUGACAAAUUAAUAGGGUGGUGGUUUUUAGAUGUAAAAGGGAUAUUACUCUGUUUUAUACACUAAUAAAUGUGUUCCUAAGAAGAGGUUUUUCUGGAAGGAUGGGCACAAGAUGAGGUGAGAAUUCUUUGCAUGCUGCAGCAAAGUAAAAUGAUGUGUGCUUUUGCGGUGUAUUCACACUUUUAUCAGCAGUUACAAAAGGUGUUUUAUAAAAAUGACAAAUUGUAGUUCAGAAUAUCAAUGUAUCAGGCAGCCGGUUUAAAAAAAAAAUGCUUUUAGCAGUCCGUGUGAGAUAAAAUACAAAUCCUAUUUUGUGCCAUAUAGUAACUC